AUGACAUCGUCACAUGUUUUCCAUCGUUCUCUUACAUAUGAACCUUUAUUGGCUGUACGAGCAGAAGGUAAUUAUAUUUAUCUUAAAGAUGGCCGAAAAAUACUCGAUGGUAGCGGCGGUGCUGCCGUGACAAGCAUUGGACAUGGAGAUAAACGUGUCAUUGCAAGCAUUCUCGAUCAAUUGCAAACAGUUGACUAUGUACAUUCCGGAACAUUUUCUAAUAAGGCAGCUGAAGAACUGGCCAAUGAACUUAUCGAAGAAAGUGGAAUGGCAAGAGUAGUCUUUGUCUCCGGCGGUUCUGAAGCGAUAGAAUCAGCCAUUAAACUCACUAGACAGUAUCAUUUGGAAAACAAACAACCUGAAAGAGUGAAUUUUAUCGCUCGAAAGCAGAGUUACCAUGGUAAUACGCUUGGUGCGCUUGGUCUUUGUAGACAUACGGCACGUCGCGCGCCUUUUCUACCGUAUUUUUCAUCGUGUUUUCAUUAUGUUUCACCUUGCUUUGCUUAUCAUUAUAAAUUGGACAACGAAAGUGACGAAGGCUAUGUCAAGCGUCUCGCCGAUGAGCUGGAAGCUAAAUUCCAAGAACUUGGUCCCAAUACAGUUGCGGCCUUUUUCGCUGAGACAAUUGUCGGUGCUACAAGUGGUUGCACUCCAGCAGUACCCGGUUACUUCAAAGCAAUGCGUGACAUAUGUGAUCGGCAUGGUGCUCUACUUGUUCUUGACGAGAUCAUGUGUGGCGUUGGUCGAACGGGUAAAAUGCAUGCAUGGCAAUGGGAAGGUCUCUCUUCCCCACCAGAUAUUCAAGUUUUAGGCAAGGGACUCGGUGGUGGUUAUGCCCCACUCGCAGCCGUUCUCAUGUCAAACAGAGUCGUCAAUGCUUUUCUUGCUGGUUCAGGCGCAUUUAAUAAUGGAUAUACGUAUCAAUCACAUGCUGUAGGAUGUCGAGCUGCAUUAGAAGUUAUUAAAAUAAUGAAAGAAGAUGGAUUAAUCGAGCAAUGUCACCAACGUGGUCUGUUUCUGGAAAAGAUUCUUAACGAAAAACUGUCUGAUCAUGCACAUGUUGGCGACAUUCGUGGUCGUGGCUUAUUUUGGUCGGUGGAAUUUAUCAAAAAUAAAGCAACAAAGGAAAUGUAUCCAUCUACUUUCUUAUUCAUUGAUUCGAUCAUAAAGGAAUGUAUAGAACGUGGAGUCGUCAUAUAUCCUGGAUCGAAGGGUACUGCUGAUGGAGUCAAUGGAGAUCAUGUGUUGAUUGCGCCUCCAUAUACAAUAACGGAAGACGAACUUGUUUUUCUCGUCGAUAGUUUGAAAAGUUCGAUUGAAAUUGUGUUGAAUUAA